AUGAUAGCAUUGGUUGUUCAAUCCAGAAAAAGAAAAAGAAGAGAAGCAAUUACGUAUGCCCCGAUUGAUGAGAGAGAUAGGAUGAGAAGAGAGUAUUUUGACAACAAAAUAUGGAAGAAUGACACAAUUUGUGUGAACAUGCUUAGGCUUGGGAGAGAACCUUUCUUUAGGUUUUGUCAACUCUUUAGGGAUCGCAACUUGCUAAAGGACACAAUACACUUGACUAUUGAGCAACAAGUAGUGAUGUUCUUGCACACCGUUGGGCACAACAUUAGAAAUAUGGUAAUUGGCACCAAUUUUGGUAGAUCCGGUGAAGUCGUGAGCCGUUACUUCAAAACGGUACUCCAUGCCAUUGGUGAGCUUCGAGAUGACCUUAUUAGGAAGCCUUCAUUGGAGACCCAAACCAAAAUAGAAGGAAACUACCGGUGGGAUCCAUACUUUAAGGCUCACCCAGAGGAUGAACAAUACCUUAACAAGACUAUUACUCAUUAUAAGGAGAUGGUGAAUAUAGCUGGAGGGAGCAUGGCUACAGGGCAAUAUGCAAAAGGCUCAAGUGACCCUCUUGCUACAGAAGUGGUAAAUCUUGAAGAAGAGACAACCAAGAAACCCACUGCCCGAAAUGAGGAGGUUGCGCAAUCAACCAAUGUAGGUUCAUCUGGUCCCAAACCAAAGAAAGCCAAACCAAAUCCUUGUGCAGAAGACAAGUUGCACGCAACCAUACUAGCAUCUAGUGAAAGAAUUGCUAUUGCGAUAGAGAAGAGUACUAGCAGCGAGAACAAUGCCAUAGAUGGUCUUUGGGAGAGCAUGAAAGUACUUCCUGGUUUCAGUUUGGAUCACCUUGCUCAUUACUAUGCAUAUUUGGUUGACAAUCCUCAUGUUGCUAUGGCAUUCAAGGUGUUAGAAGAGGAUCAAAGGAAGGUUUGGGUUUCUAGGUAUGUCAAGAGUACCUUCCCUGAAGCAUAA